AGGACGGGGAGGACGAUCGUACAGGUAGGGCCGACUAUUAACGGAACGACGGACCAUCGACGACAGAAUUUCGAAAAUUGAAGUCGUACGUGUGUACACAGUGGAAUACCGCGAGCACAAAACGUGAAACACUUUUUGUGCUUUCUGUUACAGAAAUAAACAAAUGUGAAGAGUUUGUUCGAUGUGUUUAUUAUGUAAACGAGCGAAUACACCUAGCUGAAACCUAAAACUAACAAAGAGUGUUUGUUAAAUUCUUAUUUAAAGAUUAUUUUGUUGUGAGUGCACAGUUUUACUUACACCUUCAUAAGUAAGAAGGAAACAACAAAAAGUCAUGAUGAAUAGUGUCAGCAUUAACGGUGAAAAGCACGUGAUUAGAUCCGAAGACGAAUGGAUUAUCAUUCAGAAUCGAACCUUUGUGAACUGGGUAAACCAACAGUUAACCACGUGCGGGCGUCAAGUGACCAAUUUGGAAACUGAUUUCUGUGACGGUGUUAAUCUUGUCGCGUUAGUAGAAUCUUUACAGUUCCGUAAAAUUGGAAAAGUCUACACGAAAUGCAAAAGUCGUAUUCAGAUGAUCCAGAAUGUAAAUUUGGCCUUCAAAGCCAUAACAGAAGACAACAUUCGAUUGGUUAAUAUUGGCAAUGAAGAUGUAGUCAACGGGAACAUUAAAUUAAUUCUAGGUCUUCUAUGGCAUCUUAUUUUACGGUAUCAAAUCAGCUCAAGUAAAACCAAGGCCCCGCCAAAGAAAUUGAUGAUGGCCUGGUUUACAUCCGUAUUACCAGAAAUAAAAAUAACAAACUUUUCAUCCGAUUGGUCAGAUGGUAUCGCUUUAAAUGCUCUGUUAGAAAUGUGCCGACCUGGCUCUUCUCCAAACUGGAAACAAUUACACAGUAAAAACAGGGUUGAGAAUUGUCGACUUGCAAUGACCUUGGCCAAAGAUCUCCUCAACAUUCCUAUCAUGAUCAGCCCCGAGGAUUUCGCAAGUUCGGCGCUAGACGAAAUGUCAGCAAUGACGUAUUUGUCAUAUUUUAUAAAGAAAGAUUCUCCGGGAUAUUACGCUACUUUGAACUGGGUGUGUCGACAACUUCGUACAACGACAGUCAGUAACUUAUCAACUGAUUGGAAUGAUGGAUAUUAUUUAUGUGGUAUCGUACAAUCAGUUGGAGGAAACAUUCCUGGUUGGCCGGAUCUUGAUAGAAAUGAUUACAUCGCCAACUGUAGACUGGGUAUGGAGACGGCUAAAGCAAUGGGAAUAGACCCAAUAUUAACACCUGAAGAAAUGGCGGACCCUAGCGUCGAUCAUCUAACUAUAAUGGCCUACCUCAGUAAAUUUAAAUCCUAUCAACCUAUACAGGAAGAUAAAAAAGAAAAGAUAAUAUUAAUAUGUGACAUAAUAAAAGCUUUACAAGACGAGCAGAUAAAAUUUAAAGUAGAACUUCCCGAUAAUACAUUAGAUAAAUUAAAAUUGAAAGUAGAAGUCAAGAGUAAGAACCAUGUUGUGACGUGUAACGCAGCAUGGAAAGACAACAUUGGUGAAUAUUUGUUUACACCACGUGAAACAGGAAAACAUGCAAUCCAUGUGUAUUUUGAUAAUGAAGAAAUGACUUGGAGCCCUGAUGAGUUUGAAGUAGUAGCUGAUCUAUCGAAUAUAAAAAUAUCAAGUGAUGAUAUAUAUUGUAAGGUGGACGGUCAAUGGCAAGUGAAGGUUGACGUGUCACGUGCUAAAGAUACGAGUAUAUCUAUAACCUCGACGAAUCCAGUAGGUAAAACAGAGGACGUUCCUGUAAUUAAAACCAAUGACGUAAUAAUUGGAUCCAUCAGACCACGGAUCGUAGGAAAAUGGAGAGUGACGAUCUAUAUGAAUGGACAUAAAUCUAGUGACGAACUUUUCUUCAAUGUGUUUAACCCCAAUACCUGUACUUUGAUUGGACCAGAUUAUUUAUUGGUGGGCGAGAAAGCCACAUUUACUGUCGACAGUAGCGAGGCAGGAAGUGACGAAGUUGACCUUCAAGUGUACGAUAAGCAAGAUCGACCACUCGGGGAUUUUGAAACAAAUACGAUCGGUCAUCAUACAGAGCUGACAUUUUGUCCAAAGAUUGCUGGGAGAUACAAAGUUGCGGGGGAAAUGUACGAAGAAAAUAUCUCAGGUAGUCCAAUAUAUAUUGAAGUACAUGACACGAGCCAGGUUGUAACCAGUGGUGAUGGUUUAUUUAAAGCUGUUAAAGGAGAGAAGGCAACGUUCACUGUUAAUACCAAUAAAGUUAAAGGAAAUCUUUCUGUCUCUAUAAAAGUGAAUAAUGAGGAUGUUAAAAUGAAAGAAAGUCGACUGUUUGAAGGGUAUUAUGAAUAUGAAUAUAUCCCUUUUAAAGCCGGGCAAUACGUCAUCAAUUUAUCAUUUAGUGGACUAAGAGUUAAAGGUAGUCCGUAUUAUGUUCAAGUAUCGGACCAAUCAUCUAUAGCAAUGAUAACAGAUUUAUCAGAUUUAAAAGAUGAAAACGGUUUCUUGGUGUUAGAUUAUAAAACAGAUACCAAAUUAAUGUUUAAUAUAGUUAACGCUGGGCCAGGAAAGUUAAGAUCAGAAAUACUGAGUCCAUCUGGUAAACGAGCAGCCAAAGUUGAACAAAGUACUGACACAGCAACAGUUACAUUUCAAGCAGAACAAAAAGGUGACCAUUAUAUUCACAUCUAUUGGAAUGAAUCACCGCUAGCUGUAUCACCAAUACUAGCUUAUUGUGAUGGUCCCGUUCUUCCAGUCGAUCAUAAUAAGGUUGUUCUAAGAGGAGAAGGGUGUAAGAGGGCGAGGAAAGGUAUCAUGGCUGAAUUUAUAGUGGAUGGUAGACUGGCUGGUCCAGGUAAAUGUCGUGUUGUAUUAAAAGGUGUGAAGAAUACAGUUGAUGUUAAUGUUAAAGAUAUUAAAUAUAAUAGAUACAGGUGUACAUAUACGUCACAUAUUACAGGAGGAUUUUUAUUGUAUGUGUAUUGGUCUAAUCAACUUCUACCAGAAUGUCCAGUUAAACUCUCUAUAGGAGAUAAAGGUGCAGCAGCUAAAGUUAGUGUCUAUGGUGAUGGUCUGAAAGGAGGUAUUGCUGGGGAAGAUGUUCCAGUCUGUGUCGACGCUAAAGAAGCCGGUCCUGGUGCAAUAACAGCUAUAUGUAGUAGUCAACAUCAUCAAGCUGAAUGUCAUGUAAAAGAUGAAGAGAAUGGUGAAUUUGUAAUCUGGGUUCGACCAACAGAACCAGGAAAAUAUCUUCUAAUAGUACAAUUUGACGGAACGGAUGUCCCAGGUAGUCCCUUUAUAAUAAGAAUUGUUGAACCACCGGAUGCGAGUAAAGUUCGGGCGUUUGGUCCUGGUAUAGAGAAUGGUCUGAUAUCUAAUUAUCAGAGUCGAUUCUUGGUAGAAACACAGGGUGCUGGUGCAGGCAAGUUAGCUGUCAGAAUACGUGGGCCUAAAGCUGGCUUUAAAGCAGAAAUGAAGCGAGAAGGGAAAAACGAUAGAACAAUUCUAUGUUUUUACGACCCAUCCGAGAUAGGACAGUACACCAUCACAAUUCUUUGGUCCGGCGAAGAAAUUCCAGGGAGUCCAUUCAAUGUACAUAUCUUCGAAUCCAGGGACGAAAUGUUUGAGUUUGAGGAGAUAUCUGGCAAUCACAAUCACGUGAUUGAAGACGAGCAAUGGCGAACGGAAAUUUAAAGCAUCGUUCGUUUCAAAGGGGACAGAUACCCGAAAACUGUGGGUUAAUUGACCACGAGAAGUUGAUAACCGGUUAUUGAUUUUUAAACAAAAAUUAGAAUACCAUUCAAUCUUAUUUAAAAAUGGAUUUUAGUUUCGUUCCGUUCAUUCUGAUGGUCACUCUAUUAGCUACACCAGUGUAAUAAUAGCAGGAAAUUUAAACGGAACGAAUUAUCGGUAUAGUUUUAUUAAACUGCCAAAACACCUUCCAUCAGACAGUCAGUAUAACCACAGAUAGCAUUAAUCAAAUGACCUCACCCAAAUUCUUAUAGCACAAGUGUUUCCAUAUUAAUACCUCCAUAAAUCAAUUUUAGACCAAACCACGGAGGUAAUCGGUAUUGUCCCAGUCAUUAUUACCCUUGGACAGCAUUAAUUACAUUACCUCACACGAAUUCUGUUAGUAUCGGUGGUUUUGUAGAGCAAUUAGUAUCCCCAUAAACUAUUUUUAGAUCAAACAUCGGAGGGAACCUGUGUUGUCUAAUUACCGGUCGGCAGGGGUGGGUGGGAGGGGCGGAUGGUCAGGCCGGAUAUGGUAUUUUCACGGAGGACAUUCAAAUGUGAGAAAUUAUGGGUUAGAACUAGAAUUAACUUUAAGGUUACCUACCCCUAACCCUUCUGGUGUCUAACUCGUCCCUUGGGAAUUUCAGACACCCCCCCAUCCCCAUCCCCGCCCCAACCGACCUGAAGGUAGUCUCUUCCGCAUUAACCACAACGACAACAACAACCGCAACCGGACUGAAACAUUCUUCCGAGUUAACCACAACAACCACAUCAACCAAACGCACCCUGACUUGUUCCGAUUUUGAAAAAUUAAAGGGCAACGGUCCUACUUAUUGAACUCGGUCUUAUUCCAGAAAACAUGGGUCAAUAAUUUUUGUUUUUUUGUUGUUCUGCCCACGUGUUUCUGGUUAAUUGUUAUUGUGUUGUGCGGAUCCCUGUCCAUGUGUCAGUAUGUGCGAUAGUAGUUAAAAUUUAUUGCGUGGUGCGCAGCCUCUUUUGUUCAUCGGACCUAUCAUUAAAAUAGAUUUUAGGCCCACGUAAUGGUAUGAUUUUAAAAUAAUGAGUAAUGAUUUGAAAAUAGUAUCGAUUUUGAAUGAUUUGUGAUUUGAUGAGGUGCGUGGCAACUUCCUGUAUUAAUAUAAUUCAAUUAUAUCCCAUCCGGACCACCAUUUUACAGCAUAUUAUAAACAAAGCAAUAAUAUAUAUAUAUAUAUAUAUUUAUAUAAUUUUUAUAUGAUUGAAAAAAUAAAAUGUUACAAGUUA